UAGUCUCCUCUGACAGCCAUAUAGGCCGCUCAGCGUGACGGUGCAUUGGAUAAGAAACAGUUGAGGAAUCCCUGUGACAAUCGAACCCACUGCUGCAGCAAAGCAAUUUUCAACUUCAGGAUUGUUCUCGGAGAAGGAUGGCGGGAUGAAAUUGCUUUCCCAAGAGCGUCCCAGAUGUGUUCUAUAGGGCUAAGAAUAUGUUCACGUAGCUGAAGGUACCAUUUCCUCGACUGCGUUCGCAACACGAAACACAUGACGAAAAUACAACUUUCUAUGGGGCAAAAAGAACUGCAAAUGGAAUUCUGGCUAACGUGACGCCGAAAGUUGGAUGAGAUAUUCCAGUAUCUCCAUCUGGCGGGGGGAAAAUGAGUCAUAACAUGUCUAAUGGUUUAAAAUUAUGGUAGCAGAAUGGACACACAUCAUGGACAAAAGACCUUCAGAUCGGACCGAAGAAGAUUUGGAGAUGAUCUACAACCGGCUUCGUGGCAUCGAAGCUUUCGAGAAGUACCAUCCUACCCUUCUCCACCAAAUGUGCUAUUUCGGUUACUACGAAGACCUGGACAAAGGAGUCACAUUGUUUCGGCAAGGUGAUAAAGGCACGAAUUGGUACGCAGUACUAGCGGGAUCACUUGAUGUUCAAGUCGUCCAGAAUUCGGCGGUACCUGACACGGUGACGUUAUGUACGCUGGGCAUUGGCACAGCUUUUGGAGAGUCCAUAUUGGACAACAGCCCACAUAGUGCGACGGUUGUCACUAAUGAACACUGUGAACUCCUUCGAAUAGAGCAGAGAGACUUUAAAGCGAUAUGGGAA